AUGAGUUGCCAAGCGCGUAAACUUGUAAAUUAUAAAGAAUUUAUCAAACUUCCGCCGAUAAAGUAUGCCGUAGGAUUUAGUAUUCUUGCUGAAAUAUGUUUUAUUAGAGGUGUGAAUAUUGAAGUGAAUACUCACAAUGACGUCAAGUUAGAUUUGAAGCUGAUUGAGAAAUAUUUCGAGGUCGAAGCACUUGAUGAAACACUCGUACGUCAUCGGCAUGAGUAUCAAACACGGCGAGAGCAUCUACAAAAGCGUCAAGAUGCUUUACAUGAAAAAGAAAUGAUGUUUAAAGAAAGAAUUCUCAAUUAUGAAAUGUAUAUCAAAGAAUUGGCGAUGAAACGCGAUCGUUCGUUGAAGCGUAUUGACGAUGAGAAAAUGUUUAUUCAAAAUAAACUCAUCGAAAUUGAUGUACUCAAAAAAGAAAUCGAACAGAUACAUGAUGAGAAGCAAAGACUACAACAAAUAAUUCGUCAAUAUCAACCACAUUCUAAUCUGCUUACUCAAAUUUUGGAUCGCACUGAUCGGUUUCAUUCGAUUGAUGAAAUGAUCGAAAAAUUCGAAAUGCUUCAUGCGAGUUACGAAGACAUAUUGAUGGUAAUUAAAAAUUCAAAUGAAGAGUUAAAUGAGGUACGACGACAAUUGUUAUCAACUGUAGAAGUAAGAUUCGAUUCGAUCAUACUAAAACGUUCUUAUGUUCAACAACGUAUUGAGAAGAUUCAAACAGAAAUUGAGAAUUAUCAACAAUUGUCGAAAGAACAUUUAGCCGAAGUUGGAGCGAUAAAAAUAGCCAUUGAAUCAAUGUUCGAUUUAGUAAAACGAUACAGCCACCGAAGCAGACAAAAAGAACUUGAUUUUAAUCGAAAUCCAUUGAUUCGAUUACAACAAAUUGAUACAUUUCUCAGUGAUUUAAGUUAUUAUGUCGAUUAUAUUAAUAAUAAAGAAAAACAAGCGAUGGUCGAACGAUCGUCAAAUAAUAAAGAAAACAGAAAAAUACAAUCAGAGUAUAAUUCCGAUGCACCUGACAACAACAGCAAUCAAUGGAGAAUUUCUUGUGAACUUAAUCAACAAGAAAUCGUUGUUUCGACAAACGAUAAGCAUGACGAAUCACCUUAUGUGUCAUACAAAGUUCGCGGUGAAGAUAAUGUGGUAUAUACUGUACAAAUAAAUCGUACACAGACACGAAAAAGUUUGUCAUCGCAUAGUACUGAAACCAAACAGAAUUCGGUUGUGACGAGUAGAAACACACAGACAAAUUCGAAACUUCGAAAUCAUUUAUCGAAUUAUCGUGUUGAUAAGUAG